AUGUCUGUGAUUGUCUUCGGUCCCACCGGUGGUGUCGCUUCAGUUGCAGCAAUUACUGCCCAAGAGCAUGGCGCCCAGGUUCAUCUAGCCAUGCGAGACACCAAGAAGGAAAUACCCGGACUCAGCCUGGAACGUGAACAGGAAGGCAGAUUUGAAAGAGUCCAAGCCGAUCUGACGAGCCCUGAAUCUGUCGCCGCAGCCGUCAAAUCUUCGGGGGCAAAGCGCGCAUUCACAUAUCUUGCAUUUGGAACAUCGGACCACAUGCGCGGCACAUUUGCAGCGAUGAAGGCAGCUGGGAUUGAAUUCGUUGUUUUCCUCAGCAGUUACACCGUCGCCGGCGAGCCGAAAGAUGUCCCUCCUGCAGAUCUUAUCCCUUACGUCCACGCUCAAGUGGAGGUCACCCUCGAUGAGAUCUAUGGGCCUGAAAGUUACGUGGCCCUUAGACCCGGUGGCUUCGCGACGAAUCUGCUGCGUUUCAAGAAGGGCAUUCAGGCUGGUGAGGUCAAGGUCUGGGCCCCUGGCUUCCAGUUCGAUUGCAUCACAUCAAAUGACAUCGGUCGUGUGGGCGGUACAAUCUUGGUACACGGGCCAAAGAACAGCCAGAAAAAGGUCUACUUAUAUGGACCCAAUCUCAUCGCCCAGGGAGAUGCAAUUUUAGCAAUUGGAAAAGCCAUCGGCAAAGACGUUACCCUCUUAACGAUCGACGAGAAAGAAGCUUUCGAAGAGUACAUUGCAAGCGGAGUCCCCGGCCCGUUGGCUACAUAUAUGGUACAAAAGUCUGCGAAGACAUCCAAUGGGCUUACGGAAAGAGCUUGCUGUGAUAUCGGCGUUCGAAAUGUGGAACUUUACACGGGAAAGUCAUCUACAAAAUUUGAGGAUUGGGUGGAAACAAACAAGACGCUCUUCCUUCGUGAUUAG